CGCUACCGUGCGCGCUUGUGUGAUAAAAGAAAAACACCACAGAAUUGGGCUCUCGCUACGCGCUAGUGUGUGUGUGCGUACGAGACGGUCGAAUGUCUGGGCCAGAGUGUGUUUGAAAGAUGAAAAGAUAGCCGUGGUCCCCGCAAAGCCGUACGAAGAAAAAGCAUCAUUCUGUGCAGAACGCGAACGGUGCCGUGUUGCAACGGUUGUGGCAGCAGCAGCGAGCAAGCAAGCUGUGUGUGUUUCCGGUGGUGAAAAUUGUUCACUGUGUUGUGCAAGUUAAUGCGAAACGUGCAAAGCAAAAGCAAGAAGAAAAUUUACGAAACUGUGACCAGCAGCAGCAGCACCAUCUCGUCCCUUUUUUUGCUAAACGCGGGCAUCGUACGCUCAUAUUUGCGGGGGGAAAAAAAGGGGGAAAGGAAGGAAAAAAGAACCACGGUUGACCAGGGGUACCCCCUCCUUACUUGCAGUUGGCCCAACGGUUUUUCGGUGAAAUUUAGCGACAAGAAAGGAAAAAAGGCACGCUUUUUGUUUUGUUUUUUUAUGAUUUGUUUUUUAGCGAUUCAUCGUCGUCUUUUUUAAUCGAACGUCCCUCGUGCGCUGGAUCGUUUUGCUGGUUUCUUGUAUGCCGCGCGUGUGUAAACCUCUGUAGUGUAGGGAUACUUGGUGUGCUUUUUUGCCGCUCAAGUCGCUUCUGCCAUCCUUCAGCAUCUUUACGUGCGAUGCGAAAUCUGUACUUGAUCUGACCUGAUCUUCACGCCGGAGACGGUGAGACCGUUUUGUCUGUGGUGCCGCCGUGGACACGCGCGUUUAGAUGUGUUCGGUUUUGUCUGCAUCCGUAUACACCGUUCCACACCGUCAUCAGCCGUGGUGGUCGGAUAGGUGAGAGCCCGCACAUCCGAUAUGACGAUGGCACCAUUGCUAUAAUAGUGCGUGCAAGGAUCGUGGACCACAGCCCGUGCGUGUCCUGUUUUUUGUGUGAUCGUGUAUUGUUUUUUUUUUGGUUGUUCGUCAUCAGCAUCCCCCGACAAAAAAGAGCGGAAAUCCGGGGGUCGGUUUGGGGCAUUCCUGUUAGUAGAGGGAAGUGCGUGAGUGUGUGUGUGUGUGUGGGGAAAAACCAAGAAAGAAGUUUCAAAGUGAGCCUAGUGAGAAAGUCUUCUGCCAGUGUUGUGUGAAUUAAUAAUCUCACACAUCAGAAGGGUGAGCAGUGAGCAGUGAAUAGCGUACCAGUGAGCAGUGACAGCUCAUUCAAUCAACAACAAUAACAACAACAAACCAUCCAUUCUCACCACAGCGAGUGAGAAACUGCCCCAUCGUUUGAGUGUGUGUGUUUGUGUGUGUGUGUAUUAUAAUACGGACGUUCGAUCGCAGUAGGACCAGACGCGUUUGACACACACCGAAAAACAAGAAAAUCCGUCAUCAUCGGGCUGUUGUUUGUAAAAUCGCUUGCAAAACCUCUCCCCAACGAAGGUACAACGUUUAGUGACACCGGUGUGUAGCAGUUAAUCAGCAGCAGAAGCAGCAGCUUAGAACCGGGGAGCGCGGCCAAAGCUUUCGGGCGUGUUCUGGUGUGUGCGUGUGUGAUUUUAUUUUAUUUUAUAUUUUUGUUUUUUUGAAUGAACCCGAGGCAAUGGGAAUAAAAGCGAGCACCGCGAAUGGUGGACAGCAGAGUCCGAGAGCACGCACCUUUUCCACCAGCAGUAGCAGCGACGUCGUGUCCGGCACGGCAGGCGCACCGUACGAAAUGUCAUCCGCUAAUCCCGAUCCCGAUAGUAGCUCGGCGGAAGAAAAUGCCGCGGCUAGUGCUCCACUUGCUUUGGGAAGAGUGUACGCAACAUCACUACCUACUCAUAUCUGGUCAAUAAAUGGUAUAAAAUGUCCAGUAUGUAGCAAAUUUGUGACGCCUGAUGACCUUGAGUGUCAUUUAGUAAUGUGCCUAACGAAGCCUCGUCUAUCAUAUAAUGAGGACUGUUUAACCGAAGCAAAAGGUGAAUGUGUCAUUUGUUUAGAGGAUCUAUGUCCUGGUGAUAUCAUUGCUAGACUACCAUGUUUAUGCAUCUACCAUAAAGGAUGCAUUGACAAAUGGUUUGAGGUGAAUCGUAGCUGCCCGGAGCAUCCUGGUGAUUAGUGGAAUUCCAAUUUGUAACAAUGCAAGAACUAAACUUUAAAAACAAAAUCACAAACACACACACACACACACACACAUACAAAGCAGCUAUCGACCGGAACCACCCGUAAACAAUAUAUUGCUUUAGUCCGGACGCGAAGGACAUUAAACAAAAACAUGAAGAAAGGAACGAUAGAAUAGGUACGAAGGAUUGGUAUGAGAUACGGCGACGAAAUCGAGCGAAUGGAAGGAUCAAGAAGGUGAUAUGGUGUGGGCGUGCGUGUGUGUGUGUGUGUGACGCAAAAUUUUUCAAACCCGUGUGUGUUUUGGGGCAGGUGUCUUUGUUGAUGUUGUUGUUAUUGACGUUGUUAUUCGCGCGUACAGGGCAACAGAAACAGAAGAGCGUGUCAAAACACGUGACAAAUUAUGAAAGAGUGAAAGCGAAAGAGGGAGGAAGGGAGAGAGAGAGAGAUAAAAACCGGAUGUUAUAUAGGGAUCACCACCUCCACGACUUGACCGUUUCGGAAACCGUGUAUGAUGGGAGGUGGGAGUUUGGAAUAAAACAACAAAAACGGAAUAUACAACGAUGCGAAGCUUUCGCCCUCGGCCCGCUUACGUACGGGCCAACUGCGAAUCUAAAUGUGUGUGUGAAUCGUUCGGAGCAAGCUUUAAUUCGCUUUUAAUCAUUUAAUUUCGAUAUUUGUUUUUACUUUCCCUUUGCUUAUUUACUUUGGUCGACAUCUUGGCUUUUUGAAAUGGAUUAUACCUUAUUAUUGACAAAAGUUAUCCUUACACAGCUGACCUAGACACUAGGGGCUUUUAUGAAAAGCAAAAAAACAUUUUAUUAUUUUUUCAAAAUAUUUUUGUUUUCUUUUUUACUGCUAAAAUAUUUUAUUUGAAAGCGCGCGCGCGCACACACACAAUGAUUGUAAUAUGGAUAGAAUUUUAGGAAAAAAAGCGUUGCAAAAUCUCUACUUUCUGUGCUUUUGAGGGUUUGAUUGGGAUUUUAUUUUUUGUUUGUUAAGCACACUUGCAAAAAAAAAAGCUAAGCCAUACAUCACAUCAACACCACCUUAAAGAGAAGGGCGAAAGCACACACACACCCGGGACACAGGAGAAACAUUAACUAAAACAAAACACUAAGAAAAUUCGACUAGCUAGUGACAUAUGUCAAAAACAAAAAAAACCCCUCCUGGAUUAAGCUAACCAUGUAUAUAAAGCUAAUUUACCCGCAAAACUAGGAAAGGACAGGUCUAUACACACCCACACACCCAUAAAGCUAGAAAAAAAACACACACACACACAGAAGUCGUGGGAAAAAAGGAAACUUAACUGGGCAUGCCGCCAACAGAGAGGAAGCGAUUAAAUUCGUGCAAAUGUUGUGCCUCACCCCAGUACGGAUUGGUUUGGCGCCUGGCCCCUAACCCCCUAGGGAAUCCCCCUUAUUUAUCCCGGGAACCUAUGGUGUGUUUUUUC